GCCUAGGCCUUCUGCGCUUUCCGCUGCCUACUCGGGCGCUCGGGGCCGCUAGCCACGUGUACCGAUCUGGGCUCACGGUCCACGUGGUUCCAUCAAAGGCAGAAACUUGCUGCGCUUCCAGCUCUAUUUUCCCACGUCUCUGAGCUCCGUUCCCAUGGCGACCCUGGUGUUGGAGGAUGGGCUGGUCCUGCGGGGCCAGGCCUUUGGGGCCGCUGUGUCGACUGCCGGAGAAGUGGUGUUUCAAACCGGCAUGGUCGGCUACCCCGAGGCUCUCACUGAUCCCUCCUACAAAUCGCAGAUCUUAGUGCUGACAUAUCCUCUGAUCGGCAACUAUGGCAUCCCCCCAGAUGAAGUGGAUGAGUUCGGUCUCAGCAAGUGGUUCGAAUCCUCGGGGAUCCACGUGGCAGGAUUGGUGGUGGGAGAGUGCUGCCCCACACCCAGCCACUGGAGUGCCAGUCGCACCCUGCACGAGUGGCUGCAGCAGCAUGGCAUACCUGGCCUGCAAGGAGUGGACACUCGGGAGCUGACUAAGAAGUUGCGAGAGCAAGGGUCUCUGCUGGGAAAGCUGGUGCAGGAUGGGACAGAGCCUUUAUCCCUGUCAUUUGUGGACCCCAACGCCCGCCCCCUGGUGCCAGAGGUCUCCAUUGAGGAGCCACGGGUAUUCAAUGCAGGAGGUACCCCUCGGAUCCUUGCUUUGGACUGCGGCCUCAAGUAUAAUCAGAUCCGAUGUUUGUGCCGGCGCGGGGCUGAGGUCACGGUGGUGCCCUGGAACCACGCGCUGGACAGCCAGGAAUAUGAGGGUCUCUUCCUGAGUAACGGCCCCGGCGACCCCGCCGCCUACCCCAAUGUGAUAUCCGCACUGAGCCGUGUCUUGUCUGAGCCUAACCCCCGGCCUGUCUUCGGGAUCUGCCUGGGCCACCAGCUGUUGGCCUUAGCCAUCGGGGCCAAGACUUACAAGAUGAGGUACGGGAACCGAGGCCAUAACCAGCCGUGCUUGCUGGUGGGCUCCGGGCGCUGCUUUCUGACGUCCCAGAAUCAUGGGUUUGCCGUGGAAACGGACUCGCUGCCAGCGGGCUGGCAUCCUCUCUUCACCAACGCCAACGAUCAUUCCAACGAAGGCAUCGUGCACGACCGCCUGCCCUUCUUCAGUGUCCAGUUUCACCCAGAGCACCAUGCUGGCCCUUCAGAUAUGGAGCUUCUUUUUGACAUCUUUCUGGAAACGGUGAAAGAAGCCUUAGCCGGAAACCCCGCGGGCCAGACAGUUCGAGAGCGACUCGCCGAACGCCUCUGUCCACCUGGGACUCCCAGCCCAGGCUCUGGGCUCCCCCCACCACGGAAGGUUCUGAUCCUGGGCUCAGGGGGCCUCUCCAUCGGCCAGGCCGGAGAGUUCGACUACUCAGGUUCGCAGGCGAUCAAGGCGCUGAAGGAGGAAAACAUCCAGACGCUGCUGAUCAACCCCAACAUCGCCACAGUGCAGACCUCCCAGGGGCUGGCCGACAAGGUCUACUUCCUCCCCAUAACUCCCCACUACGUUACCCAGGUGAUCCGCAACGAGCGCCCAGAUGGCAUACUGCUGACCUUCGGGGGCCAGACAGCGCUGAACUGUGGCGUGGAGCUGACCAAGGCUGGGGUGCUGGCUCGGUACGGGGUCCGGGUCCUGGGCACCCCCGUGGAGACCAUCGAGCUGACUGAGGACCGGCGCGCCUUUGCCUCCAGAAUGGCCGAGAUCGGAGAGCACGUGGCCCCCAGCGAGGCAGCAAACUCCCUCGAACAGGCCCAGGCAGCUGCCGAGCGACUGGGGUACCCUGUGCUGGUGCGUGCAGCCUUUGCCCUAGGUGGCCUGGGCUCAGGCUUUGCAUCGAACAGGGAGGAGCUCUCUGCCCUCGUGGCCCCAGCUUUUGCCCACACCAGCCAAGUCCUGGUAGACAAGUCCCUGAAGGGGUGGAAAGAGAUCGAGUACGAGGUGGUGAGAGACGCCUACGGCAACUGUGUCACGGUGUGUAACAUGGAGAACUUGGACCCGCUGGGCAUCCACACUGGUGAGUCCAUAGUGGUGGCUCCAAGCCAGACACUGAAUGACAGAGAGUACCAGCUCCUGCGGCAGACAGCCAUCAAGGUGACCCAGCACCUUGGAAUUGUUGGGGAGUGCAAUGUGCAAUAUGCCUUGAACCCCGAGUCCGAGCAGUAUUACAUCAUCGAAGUGAAUGCCAGGCUCUCCCGCAGCUCUGCGCUGGCCAGUAAGGCCACAGGCUAUCCACUGGCCUACGUGGCAGCCAAGCUGGCCCUGGGCAUCCCUCUGCCUGAUCUCAGGAACUCGGUGACAGGGGGCACCGCGGCCUUUGAACCCAGCCUGGAUUAUUGCGUGGUGAAGAUUCCUCGCUGGGACCUCAGCAAGUUCCUCCGUGUCAGCACAAAGAUCGGAAGCUGCAUGAAGAGCGUCGGUGAAGUCAUGGGCAUUGGGCGUUCUUUCGAGGAGGCCUUCCAGAAGGCUCUGCGCAUGGUGGACGAGAACUGCGUGGGCUUCGAUCACACAGUAAAGCCAGUCAGCGACAUGGAGCUGGAGACUCCGACAGAUAAGCGGAUCUUCGUGGUGGCGGCUGCUCUGUGGGCCGGCUACUCGGUGGAGCGCCUGUACGAGCUCACGCGCAUCGACCGCUGGUUCCUGCACCGCAUGAAGGGGAUCGUGGCGCACGCCCAGCUGCUGGAGCAGCACCGCGGACAGCCCCUGCCCCCGUGCCUGCUGCACCAGGCCAAGCGCCUGGGCUUCUCCGACAAGCAGAUUGCCCUCGCGGUUCUGAGCACCGAGCUGGCUGUUCGCAAGCUGCGCCAGGAGCUCGGGAUCUGCCCGGCGGUGAAACAGAUCGACACGGUGGCAGCUGAGUGGCCAGCCCAGACAAAUUACUUGUACCUGACGUACUGGAGCACCACCCACGACCUCACCUUCCGCACGCCUCACGUCCUGGUCCUUGGCUCCGGCGUCUACCGGAUCGGCUCCAGCGUCGAGUUCGACUGGUGCGCCGUGGGCUGCAUCCAGCAGCUCCGAAAGAUGGGGUACAAGACCAUCAUGGUGAACUACAACCCAGAGACCGUCAGCACAGACUACGACAUGUGUGACCGACUCUACUUCGAUGAGAUCUCUUUCGAGGCGGUGAUGGACAUCUACGAGCUGGAGAGCCCCGAAGGCGUGAUCCUCUCCAUGGGGGGGCAGCUGCCCAACAACAUGGCCAUGGCUUUGCAUCGCCAGCAGUGCCGGGUGCUGGGCACCUCCCCCGAAGCCAUCGACUCAGCCGAGAACCGUUUCAAGUUCUCCCGGCUCCUCGACACCAUUGGGAUCAGCCAGCCUCAGUGGAGGGAGCUCAGCGACCUCGAGUCCGCUCGCCAGUUCUGCCAGAGCGUGGGGUACCCCUGCGUGGUGCGCCCCUCCUAUGUGCUGAGUGGUGCUGCUAUGAAUGUGGCCUACUCCGAUGGGGACCUGGAGCGCUUCCUGAGCAGCGCCGCAGCCGUCUCCAAGGAGCACCCUGUGGUCAUUUCCAAGUUCAUCCAGGAGGCCAAGGAGAUUGACGUGGACGCCGUGGCCUGUGAUGGUGUGGUGGUGGCCAUCGCCAUCUCCGAGCACGUGGAGAAUGCGGGCGUACAUUCCGGGGAUGCCACACUGGUGACCCCACCACAAGACAUCACUGCCAAAACGCUGGAGCGGAUCCAAACCAUCGUGCAUGCUGUGGGCCAGGAGCUGCAGGUCACAGGACCCUUCAAUCUGCAGCUCAUUGCCAAGGACGACCAGCUGAAAGUCAUCGAGUGCAACGUGCGUGUCUCUCGCUCCUUUCCCUUCGUCUCCAAGACGCUGGGUGUCGACCUGGUCGCCUUAGCCACACGGGUCAUCAUGGGGGAAGAGGUGGAGCCUGUGGGGCUCAUGACCGGCUCUGGAGUCGUGGGGGUCAAGGUGCCCCAGUUCUCGUUCUCCCGCCUGGCGGGUGCGGACGUGGUGCUGGGCGUGGAGAUGACCAGCACCGGGGAAGUGGCUGGCUUUGGGGAGAGCCGCUGUGAGGCCUACCUCAAGGCCAUGCUGAGCACCGGCUUCAAGAUCCCCAAGAAGAACAUCUUGCUGACCAUUGGCAGCUACAAGAACAAAAGCGAGCUGCUCCCCACCGUGCGGCUGCUGGAGAGCCUGGGCUACAGCCUCUACGCCAGCCUGGGCACUGCUGACUUCUACACGGAGCACGGCGUCAAGGUGACGGCUGUCGACUGGCACUUUGAGGAGGCCGUGGAUGGGGAGUGCCCACCACAGCGAAGCAUCUUGGAGCAGCUGGCUGAGAAUCACUUUGAGCUUGUGAUUAACCUGUCGAUGCGUGGCGCUGGGGGCCGCCGUCUGUCUUCCUUUGUCACCAAGGGCUACCGCACCCGACGUCUGGCCGCUGACUUCUCCGUGCCCCUCAUCAUUGACAUCAAAUGCACCAAACUGUUCGUGGAGGCCCUGGGCCAGAUCGGGCCCGCCCCUCCUAUGAAGGUGCACGUGGACUGCAUGACCUCCCAGAAGCUUGUGCGGCUACCCGGGUUGAUUGAUGUCCACGUGCACCUGCGGGAGCCAGGCGGCACACACAAGGAGGACUUUGCCUCGGGCACAGCUGCUGCCCUGGCCGGCGGCAUCACCAUGGUGUGCGCCAUGCCUAAUACCCGGCCCCCCAUCAUCGACGCCCCUGCCCUGGCCCUGGCCCAGAAGCUGGCAGAGGCUGGCGCCCGCUGUGACUUUGCCUUGUUCCUCGGAGCCUCGUCAGAAAAUGCAGGGACCCUGGGUGCUGUGGCGGGGUCUGCUGCAGGGCUGAAGCUCUACCUCAAUGAGACCUUCUCUGAGCUGCGGCUGGACAGUGUGGCCCAGUGGAUGGAGCAUUUCGAGACCUGGCCUUGCCAUCUGCCCAUUGUGGCCCACGCAGAGCGGCAGAGUGUGGCCGCCAUCCUCAUGGUGGCCCAGCUGACCCAGCGCUCAGUGCACAUCUGUCACGUGGCACGGAAGGAAGAGAUCCUGCUGAUUAAAGCCGCAAAGGCACGAGGGCUGCCCGUGACCUGCGAGGUGGCACCCCACCACCUGUUCCUGAGCCGUGACGACCUGGAACGCCUGGGGCCCGGGAAGGGGGAGGUCCGGCCUGAGCUUGGCUCCCGCCAGGACGUGGAGGCCCUGUGGGAGAACAUGGCUGUCAUCGACUGCUUUGCCUCGGAUCACGCCCCCCACACAUUGGAGGAGAAGUGUGGGCCCCGGCCGCCCCCUGGCUUCCCCGGGCUCGAGACCAUGCUGCCCUUGCUGCUGACGGCUGUGAGCGAGGGCCGGCUCAGUCUGGACGACCUGCUGCAGCGGCUGCACCACAACCCCCGGCGGAUCUUCCACCUGCCCCCGCAGGAGGACACCUACGUGGAGGUGGAUCUGGAGCACGAGUGGACAAUCCCCAGCCACAUGCCCUUCUCCAAGGCCCACUGGACACCGUUCGAGGGGCAGAAGGUGAAAGGCACCGUUCGACGCGUGGUCCUGCGAGGAGAGGUCGCCUAUAUUGACGGGCAGGUUCUGGUGCCCCCAGGCUAUGGACAGGAUGUGCGCAAGUGGCCUCAGGGAGCUGUUCCCCAGCUCACGCCCUCCGCGCCUGCCGCCAGCGAGGUCACCACGACGCCUGAGAGGCCUCGCCGGGGCAUCCCUGGGCUUCCCGACGGCCGAUUCCACCUGCCACCUCGGAUCCACCGUGCCUCCGACCCAGGUCUGCCUGCUGCAUUCCUGUGCCCGGGAGCUGGGAUCCCACGGGGCAGCAGAGCAUGGGCUAAUCCAGCUGAAGAGCCAAAGGAAAAGGCGACCCGGAAGGCAGCUGAGCCAGCAGAGUUGAUGGGAACCCUUGAUGGCACCUGCUACCCUCCACAGCCAGUACCUAGACAGGCGUCGCCCCAGAACCUGGGGCCCCCUGGCCUGCUGCACCCCCAGACCUCACCCCUGCUGCACUCACUAGUGGGCCAACAUAUCCUGUCCGUCCAGCAGUUCACCAAGGAUCAGAUGUCUCACCUCUUCAAUGUGGCGCACACGCUGCGUAUGAUGGUGCAGAAGGAGCGGAGCCUCGACAUCCUCAAGGGCAAGGUGAUGGCCUCCAUGUUCUACGAGGUGAGCACGAGGACCAGCAGCUCCUUCGCAGCCGCCAUGGCCCGGCUGGGGGGUGCCGUGCUCAGCUUCUCAGAAGCCACGUCCUCCGUCCAAAAGGGCGAGUCCCUGGCUGACUCCGUGCAGACCAUGAGCUGCUACGCCGAUGUCGUGGUGCUUCGGCACCCCCAGCCCGGAGCAGUGGAGCUGGCAGCCAAGCACUGCCGGAGGCCCGUGAUCAACGCUGGGGACGGGGUGGGAGAGCACCCCACCCAGGCCCUGCUGGACAUCUUCACCAUCCGGGAGGAGCUGGGGACUGUCAACGGCAUGACGAUCACGAUGGUGGGGGACCUGAAGCAUGGACGCACAGUGCACUCCCUGGCUUGCCUGCUCACGCAGUACCGUGUCAGCCUGCGCUACGUGGCACCUCCCAGCCUGCGCAUGCCGUCCAGUGUGUGGACCUUUGUGGCCUCCCGCGGCACCAAGCAGGAGGAAUUUGAGAGCAUCGAGGAGGCGCUGCCCGACACCGACGUGCUCUACAUGACUCGGAUCCAGAAGGAGCGCUUUGGCUCCACCCAGGAGUACGAAGCUUGCUUUGGCCAGUUCAUCCUCACUCCCCACAUCAUGACCCGGGCCAAGAAGAAGAUGGUGGUGAUGCACCCAAUGCCCCGAGUCAACGAGAUAAGUGUGGAGGUGGACUCGGACCCCCGCGCAGCCUACUUCCGCCAGGCCGAGAACGGCAUGUACAUCCGCAUGGCCCUGCUGGCCACCGUGCUGGGCCGCUUCUAGGGCCCAGCUCCUCCGCCUCAGGCCCAGCCGCUGGGCGCGGAAUCCAGUGCCCCCCACGGGGGCAGCACACUUAGUAGUAGAUGUUCUGGGGCAUGUGGGUAGCUCACAGGCUCAUAGGUACGCACGUGCAGACCACACUUCGGCUACUGGGCCGGACUUGAGCUCUCCAGCGUGAGAGCCGGCCCGUCUCCCUGUUGUACCUUGACUCUGUACAGUUUUUCUACUGACUUAAUAAAUAGCUUAGCUGCCUCUGGUUCCUGCUUCCCUGCGGUGGUUCUGGCUUCGGCAGAGGAUGCUAAGUGCAAAUAAGCAGCGCUUUCUUCUAGAAAAUGAGAAUUGGCAGGCUCUUGCCCUGGCCAGGGCUGAGCAGCCAAGCUCAGCAUCGUCGGAGUCGCGGCCCUUUGGGGCUCGGGGCCGGAACAGGCUGUUCUGCUGGUGCUCUCCGUCCUGAGCUACGCUGAUAGGUGUCCAGCCCUCCUUCCUCAAUUAAGUUGCGCUUCCAAGUCCCGGUGUGUGACUCAUGGCGAAAGGAAGGCUGAGCAGCCAGAUCCGGACUGGUGAGGUUCGUUACCCUGUGGGCCUUUUCUCUCCGCUGUCUGGUUAAUCCUCUCCUUCAGUCAGCAAGGCAGCCACUGCGUCCUCCCAACCUCGCCUUGGAGUUCAGCUGCUAGUACCGCUAGGAGCCCCGCUUACCUAUUAUCCCUGGGAGCCUCCCCCUGACACUGGACUUUUCAGAAGGGACUAGGGGCAGGGGGUGGGUACCAUGGAGGGCUGAGGAGCACCUUGGCUCGGAAACUCUGGGGUCGGGAACUGGAGUGGAGUAGCUCACACAUCUGCCAGUUAGGGCUUCCGUGGAUCCCUCAAGCUGUGCUGCUCCAUUCCAUGAACUUCGGCAGCAUCAGAGGCAUUUAUGGACCCAACAGACUUCCACUUAGCACCCUCCGGGUACGAGCAUCAUGUGCGAGGGGAGUGCGAGGAUGAGCAGGAUGGUUCUCCCCUCAGUCCGGAAGCCUCUCAGGCGUGAGGCAUCGGUGACUCGACUGAGCACGUGUGCACGUGGCGGUCCAGACUGCUCCAGCAUCGUCCGGGAAGAGUCUCCUCCAAGCAGAGUGCUGUUGGCACGUUACGGCGAUGGGAAAAGGAGAAGAAACUCGUUUUUGAAAGUGUGAGCAAGAACUUAACACACAAUCUUAUGCCAACUUCCCAACCACUUUGCAGAUGCAGAAACUGGCUCAGAAAAGUUGGGUGGCUUACCCAGUAACGGCUAGAAUCACACAUAGGACUACUUCAAACCCAUCUUUCUAUUAAAAUAAAAAGAACCA